AUGGCUUCCCUUCUUGUAAUACUGUUCAUCUCGGGUCUCACCCACUUUUCAUUCACCUCUUCUUCACCAAUUCCUUUUCGCUCAGAAUACGAAAUUAGUCUCCUCUAUGAGGGUUGGCUAGUUAAGCAUAACAAAGUCUAUGAAGACCGGUCAGAGAAAGAGAAGAGGUACGAGAUUUUCAAAGACAACCUUAAGUACAUCGAUGAGCAUAACACCGGCAACCAUACAUUCACUCUUGCUCUCAAUGUGUUUGCGGACAUCACUGUUGAAGAGUAUAGAGCCACUUAUCUUGGCACCUUACCACCACCGCAAGGAUCCAUAGAAAAUGAUGACAAUGAUGAUAAGAAGGUAGUCCCCGAUUCUAUUGACUGGAGGGAAUUGGGAGCUGUUACCCCGGUUAUGCAACAGGGUGGUUGUUUUAGUUGUUGGGCUUUCACGGCAGUGGCAACAGUUGAAGCCAUUAAUCAAAUAGUUACCGGAGAUUUGAUAUCUUUAUCAAAGCAACAACUAGUAGAUUGUGACCAUAAAAGUUGCUCACCAUACUACAUCCAUAAAAGUCUGGAGUAUAUUAAAAAAAAUGGUGGUAUUGAUACAGAGGAGGACUACCCCUACAAAGCUAAGUAUAUUGGGUGUAAUGCAACCAAGGCAAAAAACAUCGCUGUGACAAUUGAUGGUUAUAAAUGGGCACCUCGAAAUAACGAAAAUGGGUUGAAGGCUCAAGUUUCAAAACAACCGGUUGGUGCUGCUGUUGAAGGCUAUGGACGAGAUUUUCAGUUAUAUGGAAAGGGAAUAUUUACAAAAUAUUGUGGAAAAAAACAAGAUCAUGCUGUGACUAUAAUUGGUUAUGGCACUGAUGGAAACACAGAUUAUUGGCUCAUAAAAAAUUCAUGGGGUGAUUUUUGGGGUGAAGCUGGGUAUAUGAGAUUAGAACGAAAUAUACAAGACCGAGCUGGUAAAUGCGGUGUUGCUGAGUGGCCAGUCUAUCCAGUGAAGAACAAGCAUAUCUCGAUUUAAAUUUCUUUGAUUGACCUUUAUGCAUUUCUAGUAUGAUAGAACAGCUUCCCCACCAAUAAAUCCGUUAUUCAAGCUAAUUGCUAUGAUUCAAGGCUGUCUAUACAUGGCACUCAUGUAACAGUUUGAAAUUAGGGUAAAAUAUGUUUGGUUAAUUGAAUUGAUUGAUGUUGAUGUAAUUUGAUCUGAUGUUGGGAAAAUGAUACAUU